UACAAGAUGAAGUUCAUUCUUCUAACUGCUCUUCUUUGCUCUAUAGUGUGGAGGAAUUUUGUGUUAGCAGUGGAUGGACCUCCACCAAACUGCUGUAAUGAUGUGAAGAAAAUCAAAAUUCCAACUGCAAACAUUUUGGAUUAUUAUAUUCAAGAAAAAACAUUAUGUCCCGUCAGAGCUGUAGUGUUCCGCACCUAUAAAAAUAAAACUAUUUGUUCAGAUCCAGAGGAUAACUGGGCUAAGAAAGCAAGAAAGAAAUUGGAUGAAAAAGUGAAACCUUCCAAAGAGCUCAGAAUUUCAGUUACAACUACAACAAUCAAAACACCAGAGACUGAGACCAGCACAAGAGAAGUGAAACGAAUCUUAACUACAACUGUGCCACUAACAUUGACAACAAUCAAUAUACCAGAGACUGAGACCAGCACAAGUAAAGUGAAGCGAGUCUUAACUACAACUGUGCCACUAACAUUGACAACAAUCAAUAUACCAGAGACUGAGACCAGCACAAGUAAAGUGAAGCGAGUCUUAACUACAACUGUGCCACUAACAUUGACAACAAUCAAAACACCAGAGACCGAGACCAGCACAAGUAAAGUGAAGCGAGUCUUAACUACAACUGUGCCACCAACAGUAACAACAAUCAAAAUACCAGAGACUGAGACCAGCACAAGUAAAUUGAAACCAGUUUUAAGUACAACUGUGGUAACAACAAUCAAAACACCAGAGACUGAGACCAGCACAAGUAAAUUGAAACCAGUUUUAAGUACAACUGUGCCACCAAAAGUGACAACAAUCAAAACACCAGGACCAGACACAGAGAUCUGGAUAACGGCUGCCCAACCAACUCCAGUGUCCACAGAGAGCAUACAAUCUUCUUUGAGUACUAUGACACCACGUUGGACACGUGAAACAGAGUGGUUCUCAACUACAACUUUGCCACCAAUAGAGACAACAAGGAAAAAACCUGGAAAAGACACAGAGACACAACUGACAACUUUUACAUCUACAACAAAGGACACAGUAACAACCUCUGCAGUAAUCAUCACAACCACAAAACACCUGCCAAAGAUUUUUUAUGGCUUGGCUGAGCUGAGGUACUCGUAAAUCUACAGACGGGAAAUAAAUACCAGCAGCUCUUUGCCUGAGCUGGCCAGGUGAAAAUGAACGGGAUAAAACAGGGCUUAACAGCACGGAGCAGGUAAUUACCUUCUCUGCACUGCUCGCCUAUGAAAUAUGAUAAUAUUGCACACUAAUAAGAAAUACCCACACUCCUACAGGUGUAGGUAGGGUCACUAUAUUUUGUGCAGAAGCCUGUGUGUGUAUUGUAAUUUUUGGGUAAUUCUUUGCAAAGUAUUUUCAUGUCUGGGAAUAUUGAUAGUAAAUUCUGAGGCAUAUGACACUGUAUGCUGUUAAAGGGAUAGCUCACCCAAAAUUUUAAAUUCUGUCAUCAUUUAUUCCCUCUCAAGUUGUUACAAACCCAUAUGAUUUUCUUUCUACCGUGGAACACAAAAGGAGAUGGUAGGCAGAAUGACAGCCUCAGUCACUAUUCACUUUCAUUGUAUAGAAAAAAGAUGCAAUAAAAGUGGAUGGUGACUGAGAUUAACAUUCUGCCUAACAUCUUUUGUGUUACGCAUAAUAAAGAAAGCUUUUAAGGUUUGAAACAA